CUCCGGCUUCCCCGCCACCUCCGAGGCCUCUGGACAGGGACUGCACCGCCCUCCUCUCUCAGCAAGGGGGCUCCAGACACUGCCCCAGCAGGGAAGCCUGGUGGCCUGGGCAUUCGGACAGGCCCUUGGGAAUGUCCAGGGCUCUGGGAAGAGAUGUCCUUGUGGCUGGAGGCCCCUGCGCCUGAUGUUCCUCCUGACUCUGCAGUGGAGCUGUGGAAACCAGAUGCACAGGAUGCAAGCAGCCAGGCGCUGAGAGGCAGCAACUGCAUCCUCAGCGAGGAAGCCAGCAUGCCCCAAUCAGCCGGGGGCACUUUGGGGGUGGGGCUGGACACAGCCAAGCCCACAGCCCUGCUCCCCGCAGUGGAGGCCCCUCCAGAGUCGACAGAGCUCCGUCCACAGAAGCGGAAAAAGGGGCCAGCCCCCAAAAUGCUGGGGAAUGAGCUGUGCAGUGUGUGCGGGGACAAGGCCUCUGGCUUCCACUACAACGUGCUGAGCUGUGAGGGCUGCAAGGGAUUCUUCCGCCGCAGUGUCAUCAAAGGGGCGCAGUACAUCUGCCACAGCGGGGGCCACUGCCCCAUGGACACCUACAUGCGUCGCAAGUGCCAGGAGUGUCGCCUUCGCAAAUGCCGCCAGGCUGGCAUGCGAGAGGAGUGUGUCCUGUCGGAAGAACAGAUCCGACUGAAGAAACUGAAGCGGCAAGAGGAGGAACAGGUUCAGGCCACGUCCAUGCCCCCAAGGGCAUGCUCACCUCCCCAAGUCCUGCCCCAGCUCAGCCCAGAGCAACGGGGCAUGAUUGAGAAGCUGGUGGCUGCCCAGCAACAGUGUCACAGGCGCUCCUUCUCCGACCGGCUUCGAGUCACGCCUUGGCCCAUGGCGCCAGACCCCCAGAGCAGGGAGGCGCGGCAGCAGCGCUUCGCCCACUUCACCGAGCUGGCCAUCGUGUCCGUGCAGGAGAUCGUUGACUUUGCCAAACAGCUGCCCGGCUUCCUGCAGCUCAGCCGGGAGGACCAGAUCGCCCUGCUGAAGACCUCUGCGAUCGAGGUGAUGCUUCUGGAGACGUCGCGGAGGUAUAACCCUGGGAGCGAGAGCAUCACCUUCCUCAAGGAUUUCAGUUAUAACCGGGAAGACUUUGCCAAAGCAGGACUACAGGUGGAGUUCAUCAACCCCAUCUUCGAGUUCUCCAGAGCCAUGAAUGAGCUGCAACUCAAUGAUGCCGAGUUUGCUUUGCUCAUUGCCAUCAGCAUCUUUUCUGCAGACCGGCCCAAUGUGCAGGAUCAACUCCAAGUAGAGAGGCUGCAGCACACCUACGUGGAGGCCCUGCAUGCCUACGUCUCCAUCCACCACCCUCAUGACCGACUGAUGUUCCCACGGAUGCUAAUGAAGCUGGUGAGCCUCCGGACACUGAGCAGCGUCCACUCAGAGCAAGUGUUUGCCUUGCGCCUACAGGACAAAAAGCUUCCCCCGCUGCUCUCUGAGAUCUGGGAUGUGCACGAGUGACUGUCCUUCCCCUUUGUCUUUUGUUUUCUGGGCUGGCGGAGGCCCGUGGCUGCCUCCUAGAGGUGGAACAGACUGAGUAGGGCAAACGUUCCCGGGAGCUGGGCGAGGGAGAUCCUCACGUGGCAUUAAAGGAGAGUCAAAGGGUUGGGA